UAAAUAAUGGUCAAUGCUUUGUAAGCUAUAUAUGGAUCAGCUAUGCAGAAAGAAUCAACCAGAACUUGUGCCUGCAAAGACUGCAUAAGUAGUUUCGAGACAUUCAAGACAAACACAGAAAAUCUUUAGAGCUUAAAGAUUGUUUGGGGAAGAGGGACCUACGUAAAGAACAGUAUACAUCUCUUUACUUUCAAUCAGAAAGAAGUCAUUUCAAUAUGAAUGGGAGCACAGGAUCUGAUUUGAUGUUUCCCUUUAAGAUGGGUCCAUUCCAUCUAUCUCACAGAGUUGUACUGGCUCCAAUGACAAGGUGCAGAGCAUUGAAUACCAUACCUCAACCUGCCCAUGUUACAUAUUAUUCACAAAGAACUACACCGGGUGGGCUUCUAAUCACGGAGGCUGUUUCUGUUGGAGACCGAGGAUUUGGGUUUCCUCAUUCACCGGGAAUUUUUACCGACGAACAAAUCCAUGCCUGGAAAGCUGUAGUCGACGCCGUCCACGCCAGAGGUGGCAUAAUUUUCUGCCAAAUCUGGCACGUCGGCCGUGCCUCGCAUAAAGUUUAUCAACCAAAUGGAGAUUCACCAGUUUCAUCGACCAGCAGAAAAAUCUCAGAUGACUGGAAAAUUCAAAUGCUUGGCGGAACACUAGAGAAUUAUUCAACUCCAAGGGCGCUUGCGACCUCCGAAAUUAAAGUCAUCGUCCAACAGUUCCGGGAGGCAGCCAGAAACGCCAUGAUUGCAGGUUUCGACGGCGUCGAAAUCCACGCAGGUCACGGCUAUCUGAUCGACCAGUUCAUGAAAAACAAAAUAAACGACAGAAUGGACGAGUAUGGCGGAUCGAUCGAAAACAGGUGCCGUUUUGCAUUAGAAAUACUUAGUGCAGUUACAGAAGAAAUUGGUACGGAAAGAACAGCAAUAAGAAUAUCUCCAGUAGUGGACCAUCUGGACGCCUUAGACUCUGAUCCAAUGGCAUUAGGGCUGUACCUAGCGGCCAAACUCAACCAUUUCGGGCUCUGUUACAUGCAUCUUACGCAGCCCCGAUACAAUGCACGUAAAGUUAAAAAGGAGGACCUUCCGAGCUUCCAUGACUGUCAUUCUCUGAUGAGAAACGCAUACAAAGGCACGCUCAUGAGCACUGGGGGUUAUACCAGAGAAUCUGGAAUGGCUGCAAUUCGAAAUGGGGAAGCUGAUCUGAUAUCUUAUGGUCGUUUGUUUAUUUCCAAUCCUGAUCUUCCUUGGAGAUUCAGGCUUGGAGCUGUGAAACUCAAUAAGUAUGAUAGGGCUACUUUUUAUACUCAUGAUCAGGUUGUUGGGUACACUGAUUAUCCUUUUCUCUAUCUGGAAGAUGAUAAGCGAGGUAGGCAAAGAUCAAAGAUGAUAAGCAAUGAGGGCUCCUUGUGCUUGAGAUCUGCUCUGUGA